AUGACCGGCCGCUGUGCAAAGCUGGAGGUUCCCAUCGACAUGGUGAAUGUUCCGAUCAAGCCUGAGCGGGGCAUGCAGAAGAAGAUCAUGAAGGUGUACAUGUACGAGACUCCACCACGAUCCGGGCAGUUUGCACAGAGAUACGAGGAGAUUGGAAAUG